AUGGCCCAAGAAAGUGUUUGGGAUCACACGUUGAAAGAGCAGGUUUGUAUCUUCAAAUUUGAAGAAUUAUUACCCGCAGACAAAACACAAGCAUGCCUUUUCUCUAGAAAAGCCGAUCUCACUGUGCCCAACAUAAGCUUGUCAGGAGUAACCAUACCUUUGAAGACAUCCAUUUCGAUGCUUGAUAUUACUAUCAGCAAUAACCUUUCUUGGGAAAAUCACCUGUUCAUGAUCUAUAAGGCACAGAUCCGACCUGUCCUAGAAUAUUGUUCCCAUAUUUGGAGUGCAGCACCCAAACAUACCCUGAAACUGUUGAAUUCUGUCCAAAAAUGGGCAAUUAGUCUCGUGGGUGAUGCCUCGCUCACAAAACUCACUCACUUUUCUGGAGCACCAACGAAAUGGAAACGACAAACGGCAGUCGGCCUGGAACUGCUUGCAGAGGCGGGCAACUACGCCGCUUUCCAGCGACUGUACGGCGCACCAGCCUACGGUUGCUGGUACCCGCCACAAGGCGCAGGUGCUGUACCGGCGGCAGCUCCUAGUGCAGCCGAUCUUUACUACAGGCAGGCUGCUGCAGCGGCAGCGGCGACGCUGCAGAAACCGCUUCCCUACAGGCUGUACCCGCCUGGCAUGGGCUUGGGAAUCCCCGGACCCAGUGCACACCUAGGUACUCUUGCUGCCAGUAGCUCUCUGAGUACUUUGGGUAGCUACUACUCCGCACACACAUCAGAAGGUCCCUCUCCCCGCUCCCCCAGUCCAGAUACGCCACUAGAUCCUGGAUCGCCUGGUACAGGCGGUCGACAUUCGCCCUCCGAAGACGAAGACACCAUCCACGUAUGAAGAAGCUUUCCGACGGAUGGAACGUUGUGAUAUGCAGAGUGUACUAUAGCUAAAAAAUUGUUAAUUUAUUUUCUUCGCGCUUUCCAGUGUCAAGUGUAGGAGUGUGUACGGACGAAUUUGUGUAAUCAGAGAUUACUUCGUCGUUUGGUGGAGUAACUUGGUCUUGACAAGUGUUUUCAAUUUCGAAAUGAACUGGGAGAUGAGACCAUACCGUGUAAAUGAAUUUUAUAGGGAUUUUUCAUGUCUUGAAGGGCUAUGAGGUGAGAGUUGAACGAAACAACAAUUCCCAAUCAAUGAAAUCAGGUUAGGUCUGGUACGAAAGAGGUAACUCCAAUAUUGAUAUAUUCAAAUACUAACUAGCUGUAUGGACUGAGGGUUCCUCAUAGUUUCUUGAGAGUGUUCAGCCUGUUGACAGUUCAGCAGCAGCAGAUUGAACGCUUGGGCAGACGACCAAUCAUCAUUCCGAUGAUGUUUGAGUGCGGAAUUCAAUCUCGAAUCAUAAGGUUGAUAAGCCAACCAAUAUUGAACUACUGUUUUCCCAAAUUUCAUUGUCGAAUAGAAAGAAUAAGCUCUCUCCAAUGGUCGAUCUUCUAUCAUAGCGAUAACGCUUGAUCUACCGAACGUCGACGAGCACCUAGUUGUCAUGUUAUCUUUUCAUCUGCUGGAUUUGUUUCUUUAUUGAAAAUGAGAAUGACAGAAUAGAACUGACCAGUUCGCUAAUCUCGGUCUAUAUCAAUUCACAUAAAUUCAAA